GUUGGACAAGUGGGUGUUCAGAGUCCUGGGCGCAGGCCGAAUCUGGCUGCCCCUGAGCACGUUCAGUGAUGAGGCCAUUGAAGCAGCCGCCCCCUGAGCUUGGUGGUGACUUCUGUCUUCCCAAGGUGAUCAGAAUGACUGGUUUCAUGAAGGGACUCUACACGGAUGCCGAGAUGAAGUCCGAUAAUGUCAAGGACAAAGAUGCAAAAAUUAGCUUCCUGCAGAAGGCCAUAGAUGUGGUCGUGAUGGUCUCGGGAGAGCCUCUGCUGGCCAAACCAGCGCGCAUUGUGGCUGGGCAUGAGCCCGAGAGAACAAACGAGCUGCUGCAGAUGAUGGGAAAGUGCUGCCUCAGCAAGCUCUCCAGUGAUGACGCGGUGAAGAAGGUUUUAGCCGGGGAGAAGGGAGACGCGAGAGGAAGGGCCGUGCGGACCUCGAAGUCUCACGAGCUAGACAACAAGAAUGCCAGGGAAGAGGAGUCCAGAAUGCAAAAAGACAAAGAGGAGAGAAGGCACUCUGAAGUAAAAGAGAGGAGUACAAGUAGAGAGGAAAAACAGAAAGAAGAACCGAAGGAGGAGAGCAGACCCCGGGAGAGAGAGAGAGACAAGUUGAAGGCGAAGGAGAAUGACAGAGAGCGGCACAAGGAGCCCUGGAGGGACAAGCACAGAGAAGGGGAGCGAGACAAAGCCAGAGCCCGCGCCCGGCCUGAGAAGGAGCGGGACAGAGACAGAGGCCCCAGGGACCGGGAGGCCGAGCGGGAGAGGAGGAACGAGGGCGGCCGAGAGAGGGACAGGGACCGGGAGCAGGACCGCGACAAGGCGAGGGACCGUGAGCGCCAGCGGGCCAGGGACCCUGACAGGGACAAGAGCCGGGAGCUGGAUCGGCCGGGGAGAAAGCCAGCAGGUUCAGGGGAGAUGUCGAAGAAGCUGUUAGAUGGACCUGUCAAAGACUCCAAAGUGGAAGCAGAGGUGGAGGUUUCCAACAGAGCAUCCAGGUCAUUGGCCUCAAAAACUUCAAAACAGCAAUCUACAAAUUCAGUGGAAGGUGACUCUGCCAGUGAUGCAGAAGGAGAAGCUGGACCUGGGCCUGGGCCUCCUGCCACGGAGAAGUCUGAGGUGGCAGAGAACCUGGAAGUCCCCAGUGAGCGUCCAUCCAGUGCCAGACUCCCUCGGCCGGGCAGUGCAAGGCCAGCGCCUCCCCGGGUCAAGCGACAGGAGAGUGUGGAGGCAUCAGUGAUAGACAGGACAGGAAGUGGUAAAACCGUCUCCAACGUGAUUAGAGAGUCACAGAUUUCCGAUGAUGAGGAGGAUGAGCAUUUUGUGGUCGAAGCUGCUCCUCCGCUUUCCGAAAUGUCAGACGUUGAAAUGGUGCCAGCAGUAGAGCUUGAGGGUGAUGAGAAGCAUGGUGGACUUGUGAAAAAAAUUUUGGAGACGAAGAAAGAUUAUGAGAAGUUGCAGCAGGUGCCCCGACCUGGAGAGAAGGAGAAGUCGCUUGUCUUCGAGUCUGCAUGGAAGAAGGAGAAGGACAUUGUUUGCAAGGAGAUUGAGAAGCUGCGCAUAUCCAUCCAGAGCCUGUGCAGAAGCACGCUGCCCCUGGGGAAGAUCAUGGACUACCUGCAGGAGGAUGUGGAUGCCAUGCAGCAUGAGUUGCAGCUGUGGCAUAGCGAAAACAGGCAGCAUGCGGAGGCGCUGCAGAAGGAGCAGAGCGUCACGGACAGCGCUGUGGAGCCCCUGAUGGCGGAGCUGGCAGAGCUUGAGCAGCAGGUCAGAGACCAGCAAGACAAGAUCUGUGCCGUGAAGGCAAACAUCCUGAGGAACGAGGAGAAGAUUCAGAAAAUGGUGUACAGCAUCAACCUGACGUCGCGGCAGUGAGCACCUGCUGGCCGGUGCCCGCCAGCGUGGACCUGGAGGAGGAUGGGAGGCGGACAGCAGACUGGCUAAGCAUAUUAAAGACCACAUUUGUUUUACCUCCUUCUGCUGGGGUCCUUGCUGGUCCUAGACAGCCCGUCACUCCUUGGCCCCGUCCUGGCCCUGGGCGGUUUCUGCUGCAGCUUGUGUGCCCUGGUCUGCCUUCCCUCCCGGGUAGCAGAGGCCUUUCCUUUGGCUGGAUUAGGCCGCCACACAGCAGCACGAAGCGGAAGAGGACUGCGGGGU